AUGGGCGGGCAUGGGCAUUCGCAUAGUUGUGGGGGAGGUUGUGAUCACUCGCUGCAGUAUGAGUUUUCAACUGAUUUCAGUUUAUACACGAAGAUCAACGACUCUACUUUCGAGUGUCUCGGCGAAGAAGUCGACGGCUCGGGUCGAAAAGUUUUCAAAAGCUAUGAAGAUAGGAUGGAAAAAGAGACUUUUGUGAAUUCUGACUGUGACCCAGAGCUCUUGUUCAAUAUCCCUUUUAAUGGAAACGUAAAGAUUUUCUCAAUAAUAAUCAUCGGCGGAGAAGACGGGGAGCAACCGACAAAAGUUAAAAUCUUCAAGAACUCGCCCGGAAUGACUUUUGAUGACGCUCAAAGCAAAACAGCGGACCAGGAGAUCGAUUUGAGUCCAGAUCCAAAAGGCGAUUUGCAAUAUCCACUGAAAGCUGCCAAGUUUAGCAACGUUUUUCAUUUGUCACUUUUCUUCCCGAGUUCUGUUGAAGACGAAAUCUCUAAGGUCUACUACAUCGGACUCAGAGGAGAAUUUCAAAAGGCCGAUCGCGAUCAAAUCCUCGUCGCAAACUAUGAACUCAAUGCAAACCCUGCUGAUCACAAGAAUCCACUUUCAGAAUCAUCUGGUCAUCAGAUUUCUUAA